AUGGCUGUCUCACAGAGCAUCUUGGAUGAAAGAAGAUCAAGUUUGAUGGAUCUUUUGAGUUUUGUUUCAUGCGGAUUCAGGAGAGUUGGCGCUUUGACGCGGUCCGACAAAGAAUCUAUCUUCAAUCUGACUCAUACUUCCUCCGAUGAAAUUUCCGGUGAGAAAAACCUCUCUGUUUAUGUAAUCACAGACGAAGACGUACCGGCGAUUUGCUCUAACUGGCGGUGGAUUCAAGGUAGUGUGCAUGAGAAGAAAGCCAAUGUGUUGCCACGUUGGCGAAACUAUAUAUUCGGCUUACUCGUGCUUAGUUGA